AUGGCUUGGUUCGCCAUUGUCAUUCGCAUAUUUAUCUACAUCUUGCUACCAAUCAAGCUCCUUUUCCGUGCACUAUUCAUACUUCUGGCGCCUGUGCUGCAUCUGGGAAACUAUGCCAUCACAGGCUUUAUGCUACCACUCAGGCUGCUUGCGAAAUUCGAGACUCUCUACAUCUAUCUAGGAGUCGCUGCAGUAAUUGGUGUCAUUACAGGAUCCCUACUCCACAUCUUCUCGACUGUCCUUAUAUCCAUGUUUGAUCUAGCUGCUGUUCCCGAAGACACAGGGCGGACAGCUGCUUCGAUCAGAGCUGCACGGGAGCAAAAGAAGCUCGAGGGAGCCUGGGAAAGCUCCAUAUCCAAGAGCGAAUCGGCAAGGCUGAAGAACCAUCCAUUGACCAGGAAGCAGCAAACAGAAUGGUUAGAGUCGGAGUUGAGCAAGCGGAGGGAGAAUCAACUUCUGCUUAGGCAGACCAUAAUCGAGGAGGACGAUGAUUCAGAAGAUAGGUUUUGA